AGAACACACACAUAUAUACACACAGUCUCUCUGUCUCUCUAGGCCGCAUCCACAUCAUCUCUCUUUCAUCAUUCUUCCUAAGUUCUCAGAUCACAGCAAUAGCAUCAUCUAGAGAAAGAGAGUAAGUUCUUCUAUGGCGGAAUCGGUUCCAACGAGCGCUAUUAUCGUUGCACCACCAGCAACAACAUCAUCAGCGCUAUUAUCAAAUGAUGCUUCACAUCCUCCAUCUACUGUUCAUGGCUUUGUACGGCGUCCAAUCUUAAGAGUUACAUCGGAAUUUGACAGCGACAGUUCAAUAUUCUUCCACAAGAUCUCGUGCAAGUUCUUACGCAAGCUAGCUAAACUGAAGUUCGCUUUCAAGAACAACGACAAAGGAGACUUUUCCGAACCUCAAUUAGCUUUCAUCUCAAAAUACCUUUGUCUUCACUACGAUCACGAAGAGAAGAACGCGCUCGUUCAGACUUCCUGUAACGUUACUCCUGGUUUACAUUUCAAAGCGGCUCACAAUGUCAAGGAACAAGAAGGAGAAGUAGCAAUUACUGCUGAUAUUGCUGGACCUGCUUAUAAACUUGAAUUAUCAUCUACAUAUCCAAAUGUUGGUAUGCCAAAAGCCACAUUCAAGUUUCCAGCAGGUGAAGUUACAUUGAAAGAAGAUGAAGUUGAAGAUGAAGAGAAAAUAAACAAAGUAUUGUCCAUAAAUGGAACAGCAAACACUCACAUCUUGAAUGGCAUUUGCACUGCUCAUUACAAUGACGAUUAUCUGAAUCUUAGAUACUCAUUUAAGGAUAAGGAGAUGUCAUUCUUGUCCAGCCUUGCACUGCCUUCAAAUGAACUAGCAUUUGCUUUCAAAAGGCAGCUUAGUCCAUCCGAUAAACUGAGUUAUUGGUACAAUUUCAAUUCAAACUAUUGGAGUCUAGUUUACAAGAAUACAGCUAGUAAGGAUUGUAAAUUCAAGGCUGGGUAUGAUUCAGAGGUUCGCCUCGGUUGGGCAUCUGUUUGGGUUGGAGAUGAAAGUAAGAAAGCAAAGACGGUUCCAUUGAAGAUGAAAGUGCAAUUCAUGUUGCAGGUUCCUCAGGAUGAUAUCAAAUCAUCUACCUUAUUGUUCCGAGUUAAGAAGAGAUGGGAUAUCUGAAAUCUUAAAUCUGAAGAAUCAUCCUCCCUUAAUAUGGUUAGUUUGUAUUGUCUUUUAUCAUAUAAAACUCAGAAACUGCAUGAUAGAAGAUUUGUAUGUUCUAGACUGGAUUAGCUUUACCACUAUAUUGUAAUUGGAUCUGGAUUUCUGCAAUCUUUUUUUAAAUCUAGGUCACACCUUUUUGCAAUACAAC